AUGUAUUGAGUUGCAGGUCAUAUGUUGUUGAUACACACGCUGUCGUGACGGAGCGUCAUGACAUUGUUGAGGUGCGGUCCGCUGUGCUGCUACUGAUGAUGAUGAGGAGGGGGAGGAUGAUGAUGAUGCAGGGGAGAGUCCGUCCACAGCCUGCAGUGCUGCGAUGGGGGGCUGCUGCUUCACUCCAGAUCUAAUCCAUUUUUAGCGAAACCUCCGAGGAACAACACAUUCAUUGAAAGGGCUGGGCUCCUGCAGGCAGGAGGUGAAACGACUCCUAGUGCGCGUCUUUGCACUGAGAAUUAUAGGAGGAAAUGUGACAGGAAAUUCAGAAUUGGGUGGGGGUUUUUAUGCCUGGGUAAUUGUCGAUAAAAUGCCUUGAAAGCAACGGAUUACUGAAUCAAGAGAGAUGCGCUUCAACGUGUAAAGAUACAUCGCAUUUGCAGGAAUGGUAAUUCCCCCCCCCUGCAGUCUUCUUCACGACACGAUGGAGUAAGGUGUUUACACAUUUUCUGUGACCAUCUACACAAUUUCUGGAGAUGCCUAUAGGACGACUGUAAUAUCUUGGAUCCACGAAGAUUUAGAAUGCGGUCUGUGAGGAAGACAGUGUUGCUUGCUAUUUUGGCGUCUGUGGUGCUGGUGCUGGCCCUCCUUCAUUCAUGGCCCACCCGGACCUACACCACCGUGGAUGUGUGGCAGCGUCCAGUUCCAUUAUUGGACAGGCGUCUGGAGGAAAGGCUCUCAAGCGUAGACCGCCAAUUGGGCAACAUCCCCUUUCAUGUGAGGGAUAAUGUGGCGAUUUUGUUGGCUCAAAAUGGGUGCGUAUGUGAGGGUGAGAGUGGAGGAGUUAAUCUGCCCUUUGCCCAGCUCUUAUUCCCGCGGGUGUCGGCUCAACCGCUGCACACUGCCUUUGAGGCCUCAGAGCUGGAGGAAAUAAAAAGGAGACGGGCAAAAGAGUACGACAGUUUCCAGAAGAGAUCACAGACACCAGCAGAUGUUCUCAUGGUGGCAGAGGCUAACAAUCCCUUACAGUAUCCAACACAAGGGGUGGAGGUACGGCCCCUAAAAACAAUCAUCAUCCCAGGCUUGGCCUUACAUGACCUUCACAGGGACCAUCACUCAAUAAACAUCACCACUACGCUGGGGACACUGAACGUAGCAGCAGAGGUAGACGGGGUGAAAGUCAAAGGCGAUGGUGAGAUGCACAUGAGUGUGUCGAGCAGCCUCCUGCCCAACCUGAACCGACAGCUGCAGUUUGUCACCUACACAAACACGCUGUUUCACCCCAGCACCGCCGACACAGUGCAGAUUGAGACAGAGGGGCAUCAAGCUGCCUUCACUAUCAAGAUCCAUCACGGUGUAACACCUAAACUGUAUAACACCGGAUCUAAAGGAGACUACAAUAUCAGCGCUCUUGUUACCAUAGCUACAAAGACUUUUCUGCGCUACGAUAAGCUCCAAGAUCUUAUCGACAGCAUCAGAAAAUAUUAUCCUACUGUCACUAUAAUAAUCGCUGAUGACAGCGAAAAUCCCCAAACCAUCUUUGGGUCUCACAUCGAACACUACAUCAUGCCUUUUGGAAAGGGUUGGUUUGCCGGACGGAACCUGGCCAUUUCCCAGGUGACCACAAAGUACGUGCUGUGGGUGGACGACGACUUCAUCUUCUCCGCCAACACAAAGCUGGAGAAGCUGGUGGACGUUUUGGAGAGGACCACUCUGGAUCUGGUUGGCGGCGCAGUGCGCGAGGCCACGGGCUACACUUCGACUUACAGACAGACCAUCUCCAUCGAGCCUGGGGAGGAGGACGGAGACUGUUUACACAUGAGGAGAGGAUUUCAUCACAUCAUCCAAGGCUUCCCCAACUGUGUCGUUACUGACGGGGUCAUCAACUUCUUUCUGGCUCGCACUGACAAAGUCCAGCAAGUCGGUUUCGACCCGCGCCUCGCCAGGGUAGCUCACAUGGAAUUUUUCAUCGAUGGUCUGGGAUCCCUGCACGUGGGCUCCUGUGAUGAUGUCAUUAUCAAUCAUGCAACCAAAAUCAAACUUCCCUGGGUCGGCCAGUCCAACAGUGACAAGACUUACGCCAAGUUCCGUUACCCGCUGGCUUCCUCUGAUGCCACGCAAACAAAAAAUGGCCUCCUGUUCUUCAAGAACCGAUUUCAGUGUUUGACUCAUAAUUAGCUGCUCGUCUCCUCUUCAUCCUGAGGUCCCUCGGCUCUUCUUGGGUCGCCAAAGAAGUUCUCCACUACGUCUCAGCAGAUAAGAUUUCGGACAAAUGUUUUUGAUCGCCUCUUUUUGAAAGCCUUUACACGCUUCCCUCCGUCGGAUUGCAGCUCCAUGGGAAGCUGGUUGAUCCUUUUACAAAGGGAAUGUAUUAACAGUGGCGUGCUUGAGCAGUAAAACUAGAAAGAGUACUCUUCUGUUUCCACAGUCUAACCAUAAUAGAAUUCAUUCAAGUCAUACAAGGAGUACGCCUUGUGUUCGUCAAAGCUUAUUUGGCCUUACUCCCUAAAGAUGUUUUUGGAAAAGGCAACAGGUAACAUUUUGUGAUCCUAUCAGAAGAGUUAUGUGUCCACCUUCAGUUUGCACUAUGAAAAAAAAACUGAGACUGGAAAAGCAAAAGUGAUCUGCUCAGAGAAGAAGGACUCCCAUGGACACUUUCCAGAAAGUGACAAUAGUGUAGACACAGAGCAUGGGUUUCUUUUUACCAAUGCUACAUGAAAAAAAAACACACAUUUAGAGCUUGUCACAUUUGCCAAAAGUGCGAGGGAUAAAUCACGUGUGAAUAAGAGUGAACUGCUUGUUCCCAUUGAUCUGGAGUCACACUUCAUGUCACCUGCACUUGUUUUGUUUGUUGAAGAAAGUGGACAGAGGAGGAGGAGGCGUUUGUGUCUGGUGCACACCAACCAACGAGUGACUGCAUCUUUACAUGUUGCCUAAAAGAGAAGUUGGAUGAACCAAAGUGCAUGUUUUUUUCUGUCAUAAAAACAAGGAAAGAGGGAGGAUGACUAUUUCAGAGGGAGAAGUGUAUGAAGACAAUUGUAAGUCCCACCUACUGAGGAAAACAUCAAAGAAGAGAAGAAGAAGACUGUGACGGACCAGGGCUUGAAAAUCCUGUUUUGGUAAAAACAGCUGCUGUGAUAUUCGCGCCUGAACUGACGACAGUGUUCUUUUAUAUCAUGGCCUUUAGAUGGCCGUCUUGUAUCACACUAUUUUUUUUCCUUUAAAACAAUUUUUAACAGCAACAUUUGUUAUUAGCAAAGAGAUUUAUAAAAUGAUUUUUUUAAAUCUUCAGAGGAAUAUUUUAAUGAUGUUAUAUGAUUUUUUGUUGUUACAUUAUCUCCGUGGACAUCAUCGAAAUGUUUAUUUAAAACAGCUUUUGUGCAGUAGUGUGUUCAAAAACGUGUCUCAUGUCAGUGUUUGUAACUGUUGACAGAUCCAUAGCAUUUCUUUUUUUUAACUGUGAUUUGUAUUGUGAACCUGCUUUCUUCACCUAAAAACCACUACUGAGUCUUCUGAUCACCACAUAAUGAACCUUUUUUUUUAACUUGUUACAAAUGCUGUGGAUCCAAAUUUUAAUUUGUGCGAUAUAUUUGGGACAUCAGCAUGGAAACAGAGGGUUCUAUGUUAUGAUCAAGUGUCCUUACUGUAAAACAUAAAGGUGUUUGAAGCAAAGCUCGCACUUGUGUAGUACUUUUGAGUACUUUUUUUGCCAAGUGUCAGGUGUGAUUAGCUCCUGUCACUUAGUUAAGACUAGUUUAAUAAUCAUUGAGGACAGAGGUGUCAAACUGGUGGCCCACGGGCCUCAUGUGGCCCCCCAACCAAUUACAUGCGGCCCCCCACUUAAUAUCAUGUCAUAAUGAAAACAUGGCCCCUGGCCUCCUCUAAUAAUAAAUACGUUUGCUAGCAA